UGUUUACAUAUUUUUAAAAAAAAUCAUAGAUAUCCUUUUUUAAUGUGCCAGCUUUAGAAUUAAAACUGCUUUGGCAUGAGUACCAAACCUGUGUCGAAAUGGGGCUCCAACAACGUGGGCUUCGCCUGCAGUCAUGCGAUGAAGGGCUAUGGCUUCGGCGUGGCAAUUGCUUGUGGCAAGGACACCGAUGUGGGAACGAUGACGGCACUCAGUUUCCGGGAGCGUCCUCCAAGUCGAGUGGAAAGGCACCAGACGCAAAUUGGUUAUUAUACGCUCGUGAUGAUCGGAAUAGUGUGCAUCCUGCUGCUCUGGACCACCGGACUGGAGAGAGGUGAAAUUUUGUACGAAGUCAAUCUCUCACUCCUGAUUGCCCUGACACCCUUCUACCUGCCCUUCAUCGUCUACUGGGGCAUGCGGAGGACUAAGAACCAAAUGAACAAGAAGCAGUGCUAUGUGAGGAACCUGCGCAGCACCACCACAGUGGGCCUCAGCACGGUGAUCGUCACCGAUCUGGAGGGCACAAUGACCAAGCGCCGGAUGCGGGUAUCCGAGAUCUUCGUGGACAUGGAACUGUUGAGCGCUGAAAACUUAGAUUUGAAUGCCCAAAGUUCGCGUUUCAUUGAGCUCAUCCGGGCCUCUGUUCUCUGCAACGAUGCGGUCAUCUGUCCGGGAAACAUCGGAGUGCCCAAGAUGCAGAAGGACAUGUACGGCAGUAUCCUCGACAUAGCUCUGCUCAAGUUCGGCCUGCUGGCCCUGCCCAACAUCGACCAGCUGCGUCGCGACCACGAGAAGGUGGCCAACAAGCACUACUCCAGUGCGGACAAGAUGCAGGUCACGGUGCACAGGACUCGCGACGAAGAGGGCCAGCCGAAGCUCAUCCUGCUGAUGAAGGGCCACUGCGACGUGGUGGUGCGCCGGUGCUCCACCUUCGGCCUCCGUGGCGAGGAGCUGCCGCUGGACAACCAGCUGCAGGACAUCGUCCUCAACCUGGCGGACGGACUCUUGGAGGCGGGGCGCCACGUUCGCGCCUUUGCCUACAAGGAGCUGAGCAAUGAGCUGGAGCUCCGACGCUUCUCGCAGGUGAGCACCAGCACGGGCUUGGAGGACGGGGAGUACAAGUACCGGGACUACCUGGCCGUGGACACCUUCGCGCUGAGGUUCCUCGGCAUGAUUGCCACGCACAAUCCGGCGAGGAGCACCAUUCCUCGGGCAGUGGUUCGCUGCAGGUCGGCGGGCAUUAAGUUGAUCCUGGUAACGCGCCGCAAACGGAAAUUGGCCAAGUCGCUGGCCGUAGAUGUGGGCAUCCUGGCGGCGCCCUGGGAGGCGUUUCAGGCCAGAGGGUCUCUGGCCGGCACCGACAUAGUGGACAUGUCCAAGUUAGCCGACGAGAAGCCGCACCACCAGCGCUGGCACAUCGAACAGCUGCUCCUGGAUCGGCGCGACUUGGUGUGUGCCAAAACGAGCACGGAACAGCUCCACUGGAUCGUGGACGCCUGUCGCCGGCUGGGAGCAGUGGUCUCCAUCAUCGGUAGCACCCUCCAUGACACACCCGCCAUAAGGAGCGGCCAUGUGGGCGUGGCCAAGUUCGGGUGUGCCGUCAUGUGCGAGGCCAGUGCCGAUCUCAUCUUGCUGGACAGCUCCUUCGCCACCUUGGUCAGUGUCGUGGCCGAUAGUCGUCUGUUGUACGAGAACCUUAAGAAGGCUCUGGCCUACUGCUUGGCCACCAACACCACCUCCAUCCUGGUGUACAUCGCCUUCUUCCUGCUCCGCGUUCCCUUUCACAUCCACAUCAUGGCUGAGCUCAUCCUGGCCUUCUUCGUGAACUUGCUUCCUGCCAUGACCCUAAUUUAUGAGCCCCCAGAGGAGAAACUGAUGCAGCAGAUGCCCAAAGUCUACGACGACUUUCUGCUUAAUAGUCGACUACUUUUCGUGUCCCACAUCCUUGUGGGAACCAUCGAAGCCGCUGCUGUUUUCAUGACCUACUUUGUGUUCAUGGCUGGCAAGGGAUUUGUGCCCAGGACAUUGGUGGGUCAGCACAUCAUGUGGCACGACAAGGUGGUCACCGACAUCACCGACGCUUUUGGCCAGGAAUGGACCAGUGCGGCUCGGCAAAGACUGGAGUGCCAGGCGUCCUCCCUCUGCCUGAUGAGCCUCAUCACGAUGCAGUGCACCAACCUGGUGUUGACCAAGACGGGACGUGCCAACCUGCUGGCCCAUGGCUUCGACAACUGGCGGCUAACUGUGGCAGUCGUCUUUUUGAUUUGCCUCUGCGCGGGUAUCUCCCUUUUGAACGCCACUGUGUGCCUGCGAACGGAGGGGACCAACGAACUGAAAUUUGGCCGAUUUCUUUGGACCAUCUGCCCGUUCGUGGCCCUCCUGGUCUUCCUCGAAUCCACGCGCAGAUACUUUCUACGGCUUUUUCCGGACAGUUGGCUCGAGCUGGCGACUAUGUAUUGACCAUAAAAACAAAUGUACACGCAGAAAAAAAAUUUAAUAUUUGUUUGGAAGUUGCUGAAGUCGCUGA